AGCAUUUGGUCAAACAAAACCUAGUUGCUCGGAUACAUGUGGCAAUCUUAGCAUUCCUUACCCUUUUGGCGCAACUCUUGAUUGUUCCUUCCACGAGUCGUUUCUUAUUGCCUGCAACAACACUCAAACAACAAAUACUAAUGGUACUGAUAAUAAUGAACGAAAAUAUGACUUCACUCUCUCAUAUUCAAUUUAAUUAUUAUGGUUAGUCAUUGUUAGAAAAAAAUAAAUAAAACAUUUAAAUAAAGAAAAGAAAAAGGAUAUUGCAAAAACGAAAGGAAAAAGGGAACUAAAGAAAAGCACAAGUAGUGAGAAAUCAAAUGUAAUUACCAAGAUGGGAUGUCCCCAAAGCCCGCCACCCCUUCCCCCAAGUCCCCCCACUUGAUUGGCCCUUGGCCAUUCCUUUUUAAAUAUAUAAAAAGCUGUCUGUCUGAUCGAACGGACACAAACUGCAUUCUACUUUUUAUCCCAUUCAAGAUUCAGCCCUCUCUCUCUUUCGGUCUUCCCCCCUCGGAGUCGGAGUCUCAAUCACACAAAAAGCACCCAAAUUAAUUAGAACAAUAUUAAUAUAUAUACAAUCAGUGGACAGCAGUAGUAGUUGCUAGCAGUCUCUGUCUCUGUGUGUCUGAGUGUGUUGUGCUGAGAUUCUCCAAUGGCUCUUAAUCCUAAUCUGUUGAACAUAGUUAUGAUAUUGUGUCUAGUACUACUCUUUCCUGUGAUCAAUGCUGUGAAACAUGAAGAAUUUGAAGUGCAGAGACUACUGGGAGAAGGUGACAGGGUCACCAACUUGCCCGGACAGCCGCCGGUUUCAUUCCCGCACUACGCCGGCUACGUCCGACUUCCCAAUUCGGGGAAGGCCUUGUUCUACUGGUUUUUUCAAGCCCAAGAGAAUGCAUCUCGAAAACCGCUCGUCCUUUGGCUUAAUGGAGGACCUGGGUGCUCAUCUGUAGCUUAUGGAGCUGCACAAGAACUGGGCCCCUUUCUUGUUCGAAGCAAUGGAACCCUAAUUCUUAACGAUUUCUCCUGGAACAAAGUUGCCAAUGUGCUGUUCCUGGAGUCACCUGUUGGAGUAGGGUUUUCUUACACAAACAACUCCAAGGAUCUGCGUACGCUGGGCGAUGGAAUCACAGCAGCUGAUACGUAUGCUUUCCUGGUGGAAUGGUUUAAGAGGUUCCCAACCUUCAAACCCCACGAUUUCUACAUUUCUGGGGAGAGCUAUGCUGGCCAUUACGUUCCCCAGCUUGCUGACCUCAUCUACGACCGAAACAAUCGAACCACCAGAUCAUCAUCCCCAUCAGACUCCUCGUCUUUCAUAAAUCUCAAGAUUGGGAAUGCUGUGAUCAAUGGACCGACAGACAACAGUGGGAUGUUUGAUUAUGCAUGGAGUCAUGCCAUAAUCUCGGACACGCUAUACGACAAUUUAGUCAAGAAGUGUGAUGUCGUACACGAUGACAACCAAACAGAAGAGUGCAAUGAUCACGUUCGAGCCUUCUUACAAAAUUAUUCUCAAAUUGACAUCUACGGUAUUUAUGCACCCCUCUGCCUCACUGAUCCAUCUCCAUCUACUACUACUUCUCCCAAACCAACAAGGAUUAAUAAUUUCAUGAAAAAUGUUGCACCUCGGCUGCUUACUCAACAUGAGCUUUGGCAGAGGCUACCAUCAGGGUAUGAUCCCUGCAUAGAGGAUUACGUUGAGCAAUAUUUCAACAGAAAGGAUGUUCAGAAGGCCCUACAUGCAAAUGUUACUAACCUUUCCUAUCCUUACUCCCCGUGCAGUGGCGUCAUAAAGGAAUGGAAGGACUCGCCUGACACUGUACUGCCAAUCAUUCAGAAGCUCUUGAAAGCUGGCUUGCGUAUUUGGAUUUAUAGCGGUGACACGGAUGGGAGGGUGCCGGUAACAUCAACGAGGUACAGCAUAAAGAAGAUGGGUUUAAGAGUAAAGCAACCAUGGAAAGCAUGGUUUGAUAAGGGUCAAGUGGCCGGGUGGGCGGAGACGUACGAGGGCGGCCUGACAUUUGCGACGGUGAGGGGCGCAGGGCACCAAGUCCCGGUGUUUGGACCUCGUCAGUCUCUUUCUCUAUUUACCCAUUUCCUCCAUCCCAAUCCCAACACUACCCACGGCCUCCCUUCUUCUCGCUUUUAGGCUUUGAGCUAAGAAUAGGAUGCUACUGGCUAGCUAGGGAUCCUCGCAUCUGCAGGUUUACAGCCAACAAGGUGUAAUAUGACUCAUAAUUAAGUUUAUUAAUAAUACGUAGUGUGUUUUUCAUCAAA